GAGUGUGUGUUUUGUGUUGUUCAAGUUUAAAGGUUAAACAGUUUGGAUUUGAAUGUUCAACACCCGAGGGGUUUGUGAAAAAUUGAACGAUAUUUGAACGGUGUCAUGAAUGCAACAAGUUAAGGAUGUAGUUAGCUAAGUAAUAAUGUGUGAUAUCGAUAUUCUGUCGCGAGAACCGUAGUGAUGUGCUGGUGUCGACAAUGAUUGUGUCUCGUACGCAACUAGUGUUGUUCUGUGCGCUAUUACAUUAUCGCGUCGAGAGUCAACAGGAGGUGCUUAUUGAAGAGUCGUUGGAAGUGGAAUCUGUACAAGGUCCGACUGGGGGUCGUGUGGAGUUACCAUGUGACGUCAGCCCAGCGCUCGCCGCGGACCGUGUCGGUCUCGUCAUCUGGUAUAAACAGGGACAUGAAACACCUAUUUACUCGCUGGACGCAAGAGAAGGAAUUUCAUCGCAGUGGUCAGAUCCGGCAACUCUGGGCAACCGAGCUACAUUCAGAACUAACACCACGCCUGCUGUGCUCAUGUUGACUAAACUAAGGCCAGAAGACAGCGGCCAGUACAGAUGUCGAGUGGACUUCAUAAAAUCUCCAACAAAGAACACCAGAUUGAACCUUACAGUGCUUAUACCACCUGAUAGGCUGAUAGUAUUGAACGAAAGCAAUGAUGAAGUCCACGGCAGUAUACUAGGACCUUACGACGAGGGAGCUGAAGUGAACCUAACCUGUAUAGCAGUCGGAGGUCGUCCAAUAGCGAGGAUAUCGUGGUGGAAAUCGCACGCUCUAUUGGCUAAUUCAGAAUCCAGAGCAUCUGUCUCCUUAACUUUGCAUAGACCUGACUUUGGUACGGAGAUUACUUGUCAGGCAGUGACAGAUCCCUCGAUACCGCCAUUAUCGCAUAGACUAUCCAUCGAUAUGAACUUGCCACCAUUAUCUGUGCGCAUACAAGGAGGGAAACGACCCUUGGUUGCCGGUCAAACUUCAGAGUUGUCCUGCCAAGUGGUGGGGGCUAGACCCAAACCGGUAAUAACUUGGUGGAAGGGAGGCACUAAGUUAAACACUGUUAGGGAUACUACAUCAAUGGACGGUAACAUUACGGUAAGCGUACUUACCUUUGUCCCGGCGAUCGAGGAUGCAGGUAGAGUGUUGUCUUGUAGAGCAACUCAGCCUGCAGUGUCACACACAACACGGGAGGAUGGCUGGAAGUUAGAAAUACAACAUUUACCCGUUGUUACUUUGAAGUUUGGAGCAAAUAUUGAUGCGAACAAAGUAAUAGAAGGAUCGGAUAUUUAUUUGGAUUGUAGAGUUCGAGCUAAUCCGUGGUACAGCAAUGUGCAUUUUACUCGUAACGGUUUAACAGUGAAGGCUGGACCAGGUGUACUGCUAGCUAACCAGAGCCUUGUGUUACAACAUGUUUCGCGGCAAGCGGCUGGAGCUUACGUGUGUGCGGCAACUAAUGCUCUAGGGGACGGAAUGAGUACACCCUUAUUGUUGGAUGUGAAAUACGCGCCGAGCUGCAAAUCAGAGCAGACGAUCAAUAUACGAGCGGCGAGGGGGGAGGUGCUCGAGAUACAAUGCGAUGUCGACUCUAAUCCUAAAGUGCCAGUAACAUAUCAAUGGUGGUUCAACAGUACUACACAUAGCCGACGAGAAUUGAAAACUUCAACACAAGUACAGAAAGGAGGUACAUAUUCGUAUACGAUAAAUUCGUCGUCGGAUUAUGGUUGGUUGCAAUGCCUUGCAUCUAAUACGGUUGGAUCACAGACAAAACCAUGUGUUUAUCAUAUACUACCAGCAGAGAGGCCGAGUACAGUGAGGCAUUGCGAUGUUAAAAAUAUUACUUAUGACUCCCUAAUAAUAACCUGCGCGCCCGGACAUGACGGCGGAUUGCGACAGACUUUUGUUUUAGAGGUGUUCGAUAAAGCAACAGGUGUAUUAUUACGCAAUAUAAGUAACGAGGAAUCAAAUUUCGAAGUCCCAGGUUUGAGUUCCACUGAGAUAUCAAUUGCUAUACGUUCGUAUAAUGCGAAAGGUUCAAGUGACGCGUUUACUUUGACUUGUAGUCUCCUACAGUACCCGGAACGGAGAACAGGUCAAGUUCCAGUGAAGGUUGAGUUGACGACUCUGCUAAUAACAGUUUUGAUAGCUGUGGCAAUUAUAACAAUAAUGGCGACCCUAUCUGCUGCUGUCUGUUAUUGUAAAUACUGCAAUCAAAGAGAAGGUACAGAACAUGGAAAGAAGAACAAAAGAACUCGCGAGGAAAGUUCAGAUGUUUUACUGACGAGUGAAAAGAAAACUGAAAGUGCUGAUAGUCUAGAUAAAAAUCCCGAUAUAAUACCAUUAAACACCAAAUUAAGUGACAGUUGUUCAAAUAAAUCGUCAGCCACAGAUUAUAGUUCCGUCAGACCCUUAAUAUCGACAACCAACUUAGAAGAAUUCGAAGUACCAACCCGUUUCAGUGGCCAACAUCCGAUGUCUUACCAAUUCGAACACCCAUUAAAAUAUAGAGUACCAAACUUCCAACCAAACUUGGCACCAAUGCCAAACAUUGGAACAAAUGUUUAUAGACACCAUCAUAAUGUGUAUGAAGAUUGGUUGAGAUAUAAAAACGCGUUACCUUUAGAUAGUAGUCAUUUGUUACCAUUGGAACAAUUACGACCACCAGACGAGUAUUUACCUCCACCUGUGCUCAGCGAUCUCUAUCGGAAUCCAAUACCACAAUACCCACAGGGAACCCAUUUCCAAGAAUUAGACCAUGGAUAUCACAAUGAUAAUAGACAAAUGUCAAGUCAAAUUAACUCUGAAUCGCCUUCAGUACGUGUACAUUCAGAAAAUAAUAGCGCGUAUUUUAAUAAGUUUGGUACAACUAGUACAUUGCCUAGAUUGAAAGUGAUGCCAACCAACCUUCCAAAGGAGAAAAUAGAAGCACCAAAAUCUACAGAGACUGAAAUGAAUAGUCGAGAAAAUUAAGAAUUUAUUAUGAUAAAUAUAUCAGCAAUAGAAAGAUUAAAUUUCCACUAAGCUACGCGCCGCGCGACUCUGACCGUAUGUGCGUUUCCACUGGCGCUGGAUUCGUGCGA